GGGCGCUAUUCGGGAAAGGCAGUAAGCGCAUAAUAUAGACAUAAAUAACCUGGGGCCGAGUCGAGUAGGUGUGAAGAGUGUUCAAGAUGAGCAGUAUAAUUUAACACAACACUUGUUUGUUGACAAACAGUAGGUGAUGGUGCGUUUGGUCAAGAAUUUCGAGCCCCAUUUACACGUUUUUCGAUGAAAUUGAAAUAGUGUCGCUUUCAGUUCGUUUGUGAACUUGGCGUACACGGUAUAUAUACAGCAAAGAAUUGAUACCACUUACCAGAAUGACGGAAAUAAGCAUUGUUGUAUGCACCUACAAUGUUGCCACCUUGGAUCCACCAAAGGAACUUUUGAAUGACCUUAUUUGGCUCCACACGAGUGAUGCCCCCGACCUUUAUGCUAUUGGCCUUCAAGAGGUCAGCUCCAAACCUCAUGAAGUCAUCCAGAGCACUCUCAGCGAUGACCCUUGGACGGAAGCUAUCUCGGCAUGCGUGUGUGAGAAGGGAUACGCUAUGGUGAGUUCCAUCCGUCUUCAGGGUAUCAUCCAGCUGUUGUUUGCUCGCAUGCUUCACUUACCGUUCCUUCGGGAUAUUCAGACAGACUUCACACGGACUGGCCUGGGGGGAACAUGGGGCAACAAAGGUGCUGUGUCUAUUCGGCUGGACUGCUAUGAGCGCUCGCUGUGCCUCAUCAAUACUCACCUGGCCGCUCACGUUGAGAACUGGGCAGACAGAGAUAAGGAGUAUCACACUAUUGUCACCAGCCAGACCUACUCUCACCCAAAGACGCCGACAGUUCUUGAUCACGACUACAUCAUCUGGUUCGGCGACCUCAACUACCGCAUCGAGGAUCUGUCUGUUGAAGUGGUCAAGUUUUUGAGCACACCCAAGAAGCUGCACGUGCUGCUGGAGAAGGACCAGCUCAAGCUGUCCAUAAGGAGCAAGCUGUCCUUUGAGGGGUUCCGCGAAGGCCCAGUGACGUUCAUCCCGACCUACAAAUAUGAUUUUCAAAGUGAUGAUUUCGAUACAAGCCCUAAGCAACGGCCCCCAGCCUGGACGGAUCGUGUCCUCUGGAAGGUUCACCCCAAGUAUGCAGGGGAUGAAACAGACUUCUGCAUCACGCAAAUGGCCUACCGUUCCCACGGCAACAUCAAAUGGAGUGACCACAAACCAGUCAGUGCCGAAUUCAGAUUAGGGGUGUCUAUGGAGACGGCCCGACCCUUGGUGUCCUUUGACCCCAUUGAGUCCUGGAGGAGAGGGGAGGAUGCACAGUGUACCUAUAAGGUGGCCCCAGGAACCAGGACUAGCAACUGGGACUGGGUGGGAUUGUACAAGGUUGGAUUCCAGACACCAAGUCGCAGCUAUGUAACCUAUGUCUGGGCUGUGCCCAAUGGAGAAACAAGGCAAGCGUCUGGGUGCCGGGUUACCUUCAAGUCCAACUACCUCCCAGAUGACACCUUCUCCAAGUAUGUGUUGUGUUACUUUAGUAAAGCUAUGAACUGUGUGCUGGGAGUCAGCAAUGUGUUCAGGGUCCUUCCCUUUGAGGAAGACACCAGACAAUUCAGGGCGGCAGACUAUGGUUUUGCAGAAACAGCGACAGUCCUCCGUGACAUAGCUGGUAUAUGAGACCAACAGGGGAAGAAACAAGCAAGAACCAAGCUGGUUUCCAAAAACAACCAUUCCUCUUCAGCUCUGUUUUACCAGUAUAUUUAAUCUAUUACAAGUCUCUUUGAUCCAAUUCUUGGCUCUCAAAUGAAGACAGAAAAGGUUAGGAAAAGCCUAUCAGUUAAUCUUUGUGUUCCCUGUUUUUUUCUUGGGGGUGUGGUAGUAAUUUCUUUGCUGUUCUUCCGCAGCUUAUAAUCAAAUAUGUCUGUGUUUUUGACAAAAGUCUGAUAGCUAGGGGUGUUAUGAUUCAUUGCAUUGAUGCGCAAACUUAUGAUAAUACUGCAUGGCAGCACCACGGUAUGGAAAUUCUCACAUGUGGCUGUGAAAUAAACCUAGCUAAAACACAAAUUAUUUCAUGCACAUGAAGUGUGAAUUUAUGCUAGAGUUUAUGAAAAUGAUGCAUGUUUAAAAAUGAAAGUUAAGAGCAGGUAAUCAUAGCAUUUCUGUUAACUUGCAAACAUCUUAAAAAUGAGCCUGUGAAUAAAUACAAAUACAUAAGGCAGAAAACAACCUUAGCUUCUAUUCACGAUUUGUAUCAUGAUGCAUAUCAUGGUGCUGUGACCUCAAUAGUAUUUUAUGAAACAGUCGUAUCAUUGCACCUCUACUUGUUGUGGAUUGAUCUAUCCAAUAAUCCCCUAUUCUUAACGGUAAUAGUUCUUAGCCCUUCACUUGUUGGAGGAUUGAGGAUUAGCAGGAUUAAACAUGCAGAAUGCAGUGAGUGGUAACAUGUUGGGGUGCAUUUUUGCUUUUACCAAACAUCAGCAGUGUAUUCUGAAAAACUUCCUCCAAAUCUUCCUUCUCAUUUCCUUUUAAAUACAGAAUUUUUAAAAAAAAUUCUUAACAGUCAAGGCUUAUUUUAUUUUCAAAUCAUGAAAGCGCAAUUUAUGCAAGAAAGGAUUAAGUUUUUGUUUACAUGUUCAUGUACUUGCCGUAUCAGUGUUAUAAUGUAAAAUGAAACAGUUAUGAUUGUGUGAUUUUUAUCCUAAUUUAGAAGUGAGCCAAGCGUUUCAUACAACAUAGCCACACAAACUGCAUUCUUGCAAGAGAUACUUUUUUCUCGGUCAGUUCAAAGUGAUUGUGAGUCAGAGUUACAAAAUAUGAUGAAAGUAGCCAUAGAAAGCAGGUGUAACAUUGUCCUGGUCUGCACAGUACAGCAUAAUUGGCCAGCUACAGGCCUCGUAAAACAGGUGGAAAGGUUGAAAAAAACAAGGUUUCACUUUGAUUCAAACUUUUGUAAAUAGUGAAUGGGUCAGUUUGUAAAUAUCUGCAAAAGUUGCGCUACAUUGGAGGAGCAUUUGUUUGAAAAGGUGCUACUGGUUUACAUGUGUUUGAAUGGGAGUGAUUAUUUUGUUUGUGAAUUAAGUGAAAUAGGCAUAGCAGCUGUGAGCUAUCUUGGCUGAAAUUGAUGAAUUAGAAAUUUAUUUUAUUCUCAAAAAUAACUUAUUUUACAUGCUUUUUAAGUACAUUUAUUGAGCUUUAGGAUAAACAGAUUGUAGAAACUAGAAGCUACUACAGUUAAACAAUGUUGACAAGGUACGGUUAUGCCCAGAUGGUAUCCAUGAGUACAUAGUGAUUUCUCUUUUUUUCAUGAGUUCAUUUAUAGACAGAUAUGACACAAGAAUUUGAAAAUAGAUUGAAAGUUCAUAUUAAAAGCGGCAUUUUUCAUCAGAUGGGGGUUAAGACACAGAAAUCUGCUUUCUCCAGUGUGAUGCUCAGAACAUAACAGUUACCAGCUAAAAUGCCACGCAGUGCACAUUAGGUAUGGCUGGUUCCCCACUUACUGCCACCCACCCAGGCAUGUGAAUUUUUAAUUUGCACCCGCUGGAGAUUUUAAGGAGCAUAGAUUCUGAGGGGCAAACUGUCUCUUGUUCAGCACACAGUAGUUAGUACCACUGGAAAGUAGGUAAGCUCAGUACAAAGUAGUUGAUUAGUACUUAAAGAAUAAAUUGAGAUGAUUUCUAGCCUUGCAAGUCGCAUGUACUUAAAGCGAACCAGUGUAUUUAUCCCAGAGUGCAAUAUACUGUGUUGUAAUGAAGAAUAUAAUGACGUGUAGGUUCAGGAGUGAAUGGUUGUAAAAUUUAUACAGUGCUUGAGAAAAGUGCUGGAGACUAAUCCAAUUAUAUUAACUGUGAAGGCACAGCAAUCCCAUGCACAACCUUCAGCUUGACACAUACAUACAUUUGGUUGAAGGGGCCUGUAAUGUAUGCCCACCACCUGUCUGCGAGCGCUGUGCCAAGCAGUAAUCGCUUCUAAUUCUGGUAGUCAAAUUACACUAUAAUUCAAAUCAGGUUGAGUAAAUUGAGCAUUUGGAUUGUGAACAGUGCAGUUCAGGCUCUGUUGGUCUGUUCAAUAUUUGCUUCAACAUCAUUUUUGGAAGGUCUAUUUGAAGUGCCUUAACUUCAUCCAAACAUUCAGGGAAAUGUUGUGUACAUGUACUUGAGCUUGUUGCAUUCCCUGCUUUGACGACACCUGCACUGUGUUUAAAGCUAUUUAUUCCACUAAUGAAGAGACAGAAAAUCUUAAGCAGUGAAGAUAGAUUUUAUAUCACAUUUAUAGUUGCAAGUGUGGAUUUUUUCCAAAGGGGGGAAGGGGUGGGGUGAAUAUGGGUCAGCAGAGGCUGGCACACGUGGUGGCCUAUGUGGUGAAAUCAACUAGCAUUUAAAAUUGCAACCACCCCUACCUAUAUUCAUACUUAUUAAACCUAUCUAAAUAUAAUAUGCGAUUGAUUUUAAUGAUGAAAAAUUUAUUUGAAGUAGCAUAAAAUUUAUUCAGAAAAUAUUUCAAAUACUUUAUUUCUAGUGGAGUUACAGUUUUGGUUUAUCAUUUGCGUAAAGGAUAUCUGCUUUUGGUAUUUUUUAUAUUAUAUUUACAUUGAUGUCUUGAUUUAUUGAUACACUAUUAUAUAAUGCACUUUUAUAUUAUAAUUUACUGUUUUAACAUGUAAAUGAGGUAAUUUAUGGUAAUUUGAUUUAAGAAAUGUUUAUUACAUUAAAGCACUAAAAAGGAAAAUAAAUCUAAACAGCUAUCGAUAGCAAGUG